CGUGGGGAAACGAUUUCCGUGAACUUGACUGAAACGAAAUUUGGGGGGUAAUGGCUGUCGAGGCCGACACGGCCAUUUCACGCCUGCUUCCUUCUGGGACAAACAAUGCGAGUCAUGGCACCGACAACGGCGCUGACAGCGUUCGUGUGUGCCGCCACGUGCGUCGCCCAAGACCUGGACGCGCAAGCCCGUGCCAUUGUGGACGGCAUGAGCCUGGACCAGUUGCUCGGACAAAUGACGCAAAUCACGAUUGAUUUCGUCGCAAUGACUCAAAACGGCGGCAAGACACUCGACAUCACCAAAGUCCAGGAGCUGGCGAACCAAGGUGUUGGGUCGUACUUGAACUCACCAUUCCAGUCGCCCCUCGGGGACAACUACGGGUGGAACGUGCAGGAAUGGCGGCAAGCCGUGUCAAAGCUCCAGGACAUACACAUUCGCACGGGCGGGACCCCGAUCGUCUAUGGCUUGGAUUCUCUCCACGGAGCCAACUACGUCAAAGGCGCUGUCCUCUUCCCCCAUCAGAUCAACGCUGGCGCAACGUUCGACCCCGAGUUGGCUCGGCGAAUGGGUCAAUUCACAGGCCGCGACACGAAAGCUGCAGGCGUCAACUGGAUCUUCGGUCCAUGCUUGGAACCUGCGCGACACAAGGGAUGGCCUCGCAUUAUGGAGACGUUCGGCGAAGACCCGAAGGUUGUGUCGGACAUGGGGAAAGCAAUGAUUGAAGGCAUUCAGAGCCAGGGUGUCGCGGCAUGCUUCAAGCACUUCAUUGGGUAUUCGGCCAGCUCGAGUGGGAAGGACCGUGAUCCGGUGUCUCUGACCAACCACGAACUGCUCAACCUGUUCAUGCCGCCUUUCAAAGCAGCCAUUGAUGCCGGUGUCAUGAGCGGCAUGGAUUCGUUCGUGGCACUGGACGGAAUUCCCAUGGCUGCAAAUCGCAAGAACUCGAUCGCUUUGCUCCGAAACGACUUGAAAUUCGACGGGGUGCUCGUAAGCGACUGGGAAGAAAUCUACCUGCUCGACUUCUACCACCACUAUGCUGCCAACCGCGAAGACGCCGUGUACAAGGCGAUGACGGACUCGUCCCUCGAUAUGAGCAUGGUGCCGUACGACACGAGCUUCAUCGGGUACAUGAAGACCUUGUACGCGUCCGGCAAAAUACCCCUCGAUCGCAUCAAAACGUCGGCGAGACGCCUCGUCAAAUUGAAGCUCAAGCUCAACUUGUUCAACGUUCCUGUUCCGGGGGCCGACGUCGUCGACCAAGUGGGCGACUGGCCGAGUCGUGCGGCGGCAUGGGAUAUUGCCAAGGAGUCGCUGGUUUUGGUCAAGAACUCCAACAACAUUUUGCCUCUGGACAAGUCCAAAAAGUUCUUCUUUACGGGACCGUCGAUUGAUGACAUUGGGCUGCUUUGCGGCGGAUGGUCCCUGACAUGGCAAGGCCAGCAAGGAAGCUCCAUGUUUCCCAACCACUGGCGCACGAUCAAAGGCGCCAUGUCCGACGUUGUCAACGAUCCAUCGCGGGCGGCCUUUUACCAAGGCGUCAACACGGACGGCACUUGGUGGGAUAUCAAUCUGGCCAAGCAAAAAGCUCAAGCUGCCGACUACACGGUGAUCGCCCUGGGAGAGCGAACGUACGCUGAGUUUAUGGGCAACACUGACCCGUACGAGCUGCCCACGGGCUUGACCGACUACGUGAAAGCCAUUGCAAGCACUGGCACCAAGAUCAUCUUGAUCUUGGUCGAAGGCCGACCUCGAAACUUGAAUGGCAUCGCAGACGUCGCCCACGCCGUAAUGUACGCGGGUUUGCCUUGUGAAAUGGGCGGCGAAGCGAUCUCGGAAAUGUUGUUCGGCUUUACCAACCCAAGUGGAAAGAUGCCGUUGACGUACCCCAAGACAACCGAUCCAGUCAACAUGGCCACACCUUACUACAGCCGCGUCGGCGACAACUGCGUCGUGAACGGCAUGACGACGAGCUGCCCCGUGGAAUGGCACUUUGGCCACGGACUGAGCUACACCACGUUUGCAUACUCCAACGUCCGACUGUCGGCCACAACUCUGUCGCCGACCGUGAGCCAAACAGUCGUGACGGUGACGGUGGCCAACACGGGACGAGUGAACGGCAAGGAGGCGGUGCUCCUGUUUGUGUCGGCCCCCGGCGGCCCCGAAACAAGACUGCUCAAAAAGUACACCAAGGUCGACUUGGUUGCGGGCCAAUCGACCGACGUCAGCUUGACGCUGUCGCCAGAUGACUUUGGCCAGUACGUGAAUGAAAUCGGUCAAGGGCUGCGAAAGGAAGCUGCAAGCGGGACGUACUACGUGUCGCUCAAGGCCGACACCCCUUGCAGCGCCGCCUCGCUCGGUCCGUUGUGCAAAACGUUCACGUGGAACGGUGCGCCCCCAACGACGCCACCUCCUGCGACGUACUACAAGCUGCGUCUGGAUGCGUAUAACUUUGUGUUCACGAACCCAGCGUCCAACUCGGUCGCGUUUGUGACGGAGGCGACCAACGCAACGAGCCAGGAGUGGUCUUUCGACAGCUCCACCUACCAGAUCAUCAACCGAGGCACGGGUCGGUGUAUGGACGCGUGGCAGCCCAUGAAUGGCGGGGGCGUGCACACCUGGGACUGCAGUGCGUCCAACGUGAACCAGUACUGGAACUAUGACGCUGCAACCAAGCAACUCCGACACCGCACCCAUGUCGGGUACUGCUUGGAUGUGGGAGCGACGACCGGGACGGCCCCGCACAUGUGGCAAUGCCUGCCUUCAUCGCACCCGGACUUGAAAAACCAACUGAUCACACUCACGACGCCGUCCCUCAACUAUGUCGUGACCAGCCCUGCCUUCAACCGCGUGCUGUCGACAGUGGGCAUCACGUCGAUUGCGUUCCAGCCACUCGUGGUCGCGAGUGCGUCGCAACUGUGGCGAUGGGAUGCGCAACUGCUUCGGGCGAUGGGAGCGACCAACAAGUGCCUGGACGCAUACCAAGCACAGAACGGUGGCGCCGUGCACUUGUGGGACUGUAGCGCCACCAACGUCAACCAGUUGUGGACGUACGACGCGUCGACGAAGCAACUUCGCCACCAGACCCACACAGGGUACUGCUUGGACAUUGCUACCCCCACAGGCGAGUCGCCGCAUCUGUGGUCGUGCUUGCCUGCAAACCACGCAGACAUCAAGAACCAAGUGUUUAUCCUCGGGGCUUAAUUCCAAAUCUCGAUUUUCCUCUCUGU